UAGCCAAUAUUCUGCUGAAAUGAAGGCUGGUCCCAAGAUCUAUGGAAAGAUAAUCAGAACAUUACACCAGGGCACUAGGACAUCUGAUGCCCAUGAAUCACAAGAUAUUUAGGGUCAUUUUGUCUGAGGCCAGAUGUCAGGGUUAUCUUUAAAUAUCUUGAAGAAAAAAAUUCUUAAACCCUGGAGAAAAGCAAGUGUUCAGACUUAAAACUAAUUCUGAAGGUGUAAAACCUAGGCCAAGCUGCUUAACAGUAUGGAACUGCAUAAGAGAUGUUUCCACCAGGAUUUUCAAGUUAGCUAAUCUCAAUUAGCAUGUGAUGAUCCCAGAUAAGCUUGUGACUAAGGCCUGAAGAGCUCUGCUAGAAAUUCACCCUCAGUUUAAUUGAUGACCUUAAGAAAGGCCCUUUGAUAAUCACCAAAAAGAAUCAAUUCUAUCAUUUUAGUUAUAGACCUAGGAGUAGGGGUUGAGAGCAAAAUUCUUCUUGUAGUUCUUCAAAGGAGGAUCCUUCCAGGAUGUAAUAUUCUCAAAAUACAAUGGAUCUAACUAUGCUAAAUGCUACAGCAACUGCUAUGAGGACCAUUGAAUAACACCAUAUGUACACGUAGCAAGGCUAGUUCCAAAUCAAAAACCAAGGCAAGUAGCAUUAUAGAACCAGCCAACUGGUCAGUGUACAAGGAGAAAUCAGUGUGGGGUGGAAUUAUGAUGUCUUUGUAGGAUCCAAUAUUUUUUCCCCUGUACAAACUCUACACUUUCCUUAUUAUGUGAAGAGUCCAAUUUCAUUAUGGCCUUCAAGUGAUUCUUAACUGUUAGAAUCCUUAUAGAGUGUUAACUCCCUGGCCCUGGCCAGGGAGUGUGAACUCACUUUGAGUUCACACCUUUAAAAGAUCACAUAUAUAGGCCCAGUAAACCUCUUCCAGCUCAGUUGCAGCAGAAGAUGGCUCUGACCAGCUUCUUACCUGCUCCAACUCAGCUUUCUCAGGACCAGCUUGAGGUUGAGGAAAGAGCAAGAUCACAAAGAUCAAGGCAGACUGCCUUGGUCUCGUCGAGACGAGAACCUCCCCCUUACGGGUAUCGGAAAGGUUGGAUACCUCGUUUGUUAGAGGAUUUUGGAGAUGGAGGUGCCUUUCCAGAAAUACACGUGGCCCAGUACCCAUUGGAUAUGGGAAGAAAGAAGAAAAUGUCUAAUGCAUUGGCCAUUCAGGUGGAUGCAGAGGGAAAAAUUAAAUAUGAUGCAAUUGUUCGACAGGGACAAUCAAAGGACAAGGUCAUUUAUGGCAAAUACACUGACCUGGUACCCAAAGAAAUUAUGAAUGCAGAUGACCCAGACCUGCAAAGACCUGAUGAAGAAACCAUUAAAGAGAUAACAGAAAAGACAAGGGUAGCUCUAGAGAAAUAUGUGUCUCAGAAGGUUGCUGCUGCUAUGCCAGUUCAAGCUGCAGAUAAACUAGCUCCAGCUCAGUAUAUCUGUUAUACACCAUCUCAGCAAGGAGUAGCUUUCAAUUCUGGAGCUAAGCAAAGAGUUAUUCGGAUGGUGGAAAUGCAAAAAGAUCCAAUGGAGCCUCCAAGAUUCAAAAUUAAUAAGAAAAUUCCUCGUGGGCCUCCUUCUCCUCCUGCACCUGUUAUGCAUUCUCCUACUCGAAAGAUGACUGUGAAAGAGCAGCAAGAAUGGAAAAUUCCACCUUGUAUUUCAAACUGGAAAAAUGCAAAGGGCUAUACUGUUCCAUUAGACAAACGUCUGGCUGCUGAUGGGAGAGGACUGCAGACAGUCCACAUAAAUGAAAACUUUGCCAAACUAGCUGAAGCUCUUUACAUUGCUGAUAGAAAGGCUCGUGAGGCAAUAGAGAUGCGAGCUCAAGUAGAGAGAAAGAUGGCCCAAAAGGAAAAGGAGAAACAUGAAAAGAAGCUUCAAGAAAUGGCCCAGAAAGCUCGGGAGAGAAGAGCUGGAAUCAAGACCUAUGCAGAAAAAGAGGAUGGUGAGGCUCGGGAACGAGAUGAAAUAAGACAUGAUAGAUGCAAAGAGAGACAACAUGACAGAAAUCUUUCCAGAGCAGCUCCUGAUAAGAGGUCAAAAUUACAGAGAAAUGGGAAUCGAGAUAUCAGUGAAGUCAUUGCUCUUGGUGUGCCCAACCCUCGGACUUCCAAUGAAGUUCAGUAUGACCAGAGACUAUUCAACCAAACUAAGGGUAUGGACAGUGGUUUUGCUGGUGGAGAAGAUGAAAUUUAUAAUGUUUAUGAUCAAGCAUGGAGAAGUAGCAAAGACAUGGCUCAAAACAUCUACAGACCCAGCAAAAAUCUGGACAAAGACAUGUAUGGUGAUGACCUAGAGGCUCGAAUAAAGACCAACAGAUUUGUUCCUGAUAAGGAGUUCUCUGGCUCAGAUCAUAGACAGCGAGGCCCUGAAGGACCAGUUCAAUUUGAAGAUGAUCCCUUUGGCCUGGACAAGUUUUUGGAAGAAGCUAAACAGCAUAGAGGGUCUAAAAGACCCUCAGACAGCAGCUGCCCUAAGGAACAUGAACAUGAAGGCAAGAAGAGGAGAAAGGAGUAAGGUAGCCUCUCAGAAGAGAAUGAACUAUUAUCCUUACUUGGAUGACAGUGGUCAUUGAGGAAUUCUAUGUAAAUGGUCAUGAUGAAAACCAAAUCUGCAAUUGUAGAUCCCAUUACUUUUUGUUACUGGGGUUAAGGGAAAAAGGGAAGUAUACUUUAAAGUAGUCUUUAAGGAGAUGGGCCACAUUAUCAGUGUAAGGUUUUUCUUUCCCCCUCUCAGUCAAGCCAUCUUUUCCCAACUCCAUUAACAUUGAAAGAAGCUCCAUACUACUUUAGCCAUAGCAAAUUAAGAUUUUAUCUUUAAUGAUAUUGGUUUGGUGGAUUAAUAUUUCAUAGUAGAAUUAGUUGUGUGUGUGGGGGGGGAAGUGGGUGGUAGAGAUAAGGUGAAGAGCUUCCAGCAGCUGAACUUCCAAGGAUGUGUAACUUCCUCUUCUGUAUUUUUAGUUUU